UCAGAUAUCCUAGUCCCGCCUCGCAAGCCGCCUCCUCCUCGCCUUGCCUUGUCGUCUCGUCGCCGCUGCCCCUGCUGCUCUGCUCAGGCUCGCUCAGCUGCUCUCUUCCUUGCUUCCUCCCCCUGCUCCUGGCUCCUGCUCCCUCGCCCUCGCCGUGGCCUUUGCAUCGCAUCCUUGCCUUUCCUUCCUCCUCCCCUAUCCGCGGAGAAAGCCAGCGCCCAGCAGGAUCCGUGAGGGGCGGCCAGGGACAUACGCGAUGCGCGCUAGUAUAACGCGCCCCGUGCCGUGAAAAGCUCGCGCCUUUUUCUCUCUGCCUCGGCGAGCCCCCCUUUGCCGUUUGCCCAGGACGCAGGUAGCCUUUUCACACCACACCACCUCCAUGCCUCUUUGUUCUCCCUUUCUACCACGAGCGAGAGAGUUCAGCCAGAAAGACGGUCAAAAGGAGACCCUUUUCAGUUGUCUCGUGCCAUGCUUGUGCUCCCGUGUUCGUGGAUAGUAACAUAAUUUUUCCCGUGAAUCGUAUCGGGAGAUGGUGAUUGGCGUUGCCGCCUGGUUCAGAUAUGUGUUUGGUUUGGCGGUGCUUGUUCUGAACUCUGAGGAAACUCUGUUUCGGCAGCGUGCCAGCGAUCGCCGCCGCCGCAUGCCGACCACGGCUUCGCGUUGAUCCGGUCUCCGGCAUCUCCGGAAGCAGCCUCGAGGAUGGCGGACCACUUCGCGCUGAUGACGGGCCGGCUGCUCACGGAGUCGACGCUCCGGUCCGCCAUUCACGAGUCGCUCGCCGGCGCCGAGCCUUCUACGACGGCCGGCGACGAUCGGACCGAUGCCUCCGUCGUUCCUCAAGAUGCUCAGCUGGGCGUGGGCAAGGCCAAGAGUGGUGUCAUGGUGGAGUGCAGAAUCUGCCAGGAGGAAGGUGACGAGGCGUACAUGGAGACCCCCUGCUCCUGCAAGGGCAGCUUGAAGUACGCUCACCACAGAUGCGUCCAGCGGUGGUGCAACGAGAAGGGAGACACCAUAUGUGAGAUAUGCUUGCAGCAAUUGACACCAAACUACACUGCUCCUUUGAAGUUGUUUCGGAAUGGAAGGCACCUAAUAAAUUUCAGGGGAGCUGUAGAAAGACGAGAAAAUCACGGUGCUAGUUACGGUCAUGUCUUGGAUCAAGCUGAUAGCGCAUCAAGCUUUUAUUCUCAAAGUUCCAACACGAAAGGCGUCAUGUAUUGCCGAGUAUUUGCCAUUGCUUUGAUGACUUUGUUGGUGCUCCGUGACGCAAUCUUGCUUAUACUCCGCAGCCAUGAAGUGUGCUCAAUGGAGCUAAUCACUCUGCUGAUGUUCAGAACGGCUGGAAUUGUCAUACCUGUCUACAUCAUCUUGAUAUCAGUUAGCACAUUGCUUCAUCGGUGCAAUCAGCGGCAGGCUGUGCACGAGACGCCGGUUUCAGAACCUCGUGGAGCAGGGGGUUUGCAGCCAAUGCCACCUCAACAGCAACAGCAUAUCAUCAACAUCCGGUAGGAAGCUGCACAGCGAUUCAUAACCAAGCAGGCUCUGUAAAUAUCUGAGCUUCAGGCUAGUCACGAUAGGAUUCAGAAGAUACAAAAUCAUUGUGAUUGACUGUGCGAUGGUUAAUAGUAGUUUCUGUGUACAAAAGAAUUCUAUGAAGGAUGGAGAAAAAACACAAUACUACUGGGCACUAGCCAUCGACAUCGAGUA